UCACAGUAAGCCGUGCUUAAAAAUAUCAAUGCUUUGGGAGAUAGUAGACGAACACACGUAAACAAUGUUUCGGUGGAUGGUGUGUGGUGUUAGAAGGCUUUAUCAACCUUUCUGUGUAUUAUCCGGGAAGACACAUUCAAACCUGAGAGGUGUUAACUGGGUCAUUUGUCAGGGCAUUAAACUCCAAAGAGUCAACGUGGAUUAUACAGAUGAGACAGAUUUUAUGGAGAUCGAUUUUUCCGACAGAGACUUUGACGAGAAGUCAAAUGAAGCCGACAUCGAUACGAUCUCCCUCAUCAGUAGAAACAACCCGGAGUUUGUCUGCCUGAGGCGGAUCACAGAGCGCCAUUACUGGGGGAGCGUGCACUCUCUCAUGCGACAGCUAGGAUACACAGGUUACCUGGAAGACCUGCGGCGGGGUCGAUGUAAGGGGGUCUUCAUUAGGGAUGACGUGGCGGAAUUAGUGAAGCCAUACUAUGGCACUGUGUACAGGAAUAGGAGGCAUUUUCCGUUUAAGGACUUACAAGGGACUAAACCCGAUACGACCUGACUAUGUUAAUUCCUAUGGAAUAUGAUAUUGAUUUGUAACCAUGGUAUUAAUUUUCAGUGUAUUAGAGAUAUGUAAAUAUCUAUCUACCUCAAGGACAUAAUAUAUAUUUAUGUGUUCCUAGAGAGGUCAGCAUAAUAAUAUGUAGAAUGUUAUUGACCCAAGAAGGUCUUUGAUUCCUGUAUAAUGUCAAAACAGCUGUGGAAAAGUCCUACAUUGUACUUGAGAGUUUUAAUUCAACAUGAAAAUUGAUUCUGAAAAAAAAAAUGAACGAUCAACUUUUGUUUCAAAAUUGUAUUAAAAAAUUUCCAUAAUGAAUUCGAAUAAUGUUUAGACUUAACGAAAAGUUGUAUUUAACUUAUGUUACGACACUGCAUAGAGUAUCGAUUCAAACAAGGUUUUUAUGCGUGGAACAAAAAAAAUUGUUUUACUGUAUUCAACGCCAGUAGCAUUGUUAAAAUCAUAUGAAUAUCUUUACAAACAUGUCACUGUCUGUAUAAAAUGUACAUGUAGUUAAUUUAUGCCAAUCUUUUAAUAUAUAAUUUUGCAAGAUUUAAUCCCAAGUUACAAGAUACUUAACACUGAAUAAGCAGGAUCUUAACAAAUAAUUCAUAAAGAUGACAUGUAUUUUUUGCAAUUAUUGUUCAAAUUUUAAUUCAUUAUAUUUUAUAUUAAAAGUUUUUUAUUGAACCCGGUAAACCUGAUAAUACUACAUAGUAUACCGUGUUUUUAUAUUGAUUAUAAAAUUAAAUUUUAUAGCAGCUUGCUUAGUAAAUUAGUGUUAUGCGUCGGAGAUAUUCUCCGUCAUAUGUAUAAACAAUUGAAUAAAAUACAUUGAAUGUGAA